UGUCAAUAAUGUCAUGUUUGUUUUGAAAUAUUUAGCCAAAAUUCGUAAAUAAAGUAAAACUGCUUUGCUUGUUUCACUUUGCAUGAAAUAAAUAAUAAUUCUAUCAGGAUCUCCUCAAUAUUAAACUUUAGCUAGAAACAAAUUAAAAGGGAUGCUCCUAUUUUCCAAUUUGUUACUUAUACUGUUAAUACAAUCACAACAUUUGAUAACUACAGCCGAGCCCUAUGAAUCGUCUAAAAUUAAUUCUCAAGAAUUACUAUUGUGUCGAAAAUGUGGCGCUGAUGUUGUCGACUCGUCAUACUUAUUUACUAAGAUAAGCCCUGGGUCUAAAAAGCCAAAGCAAGAAAAUAUUUUUGGAAAAAAGAAUGUAACUGUGCAAUCUCUUGUAAAUCCAUUUGGAAUUAAAUUUGAAAUUGUCACCGCAGAAAAAGCGAGAUGUGAAAAUGUGGGGCCGAGGCAGAGUGCAGAAUCUUGGUUCCCGGGGUACACAUGGAGGAUAUGUGUCUGUCCACACUGUGGGCAACACCUCGGCUGGACUUUUGAGACCACAAAUGAAGAUGACUUACCUGUGAAGAAUGAGGAUGCUACCUCAUUUCAUGGCAUCAUAUUGUCAAAUAUUUUAGGAGAAAAUUUUACAGACUCUCUGAUAAUGAUGCCAACAACAUACCAGAUGUGAGAAGAGAAGAAUAACAAAAAAUGUAAAGGAAAUGAAAAUCUUCAUAAACUUAUUGUUACUGUAUUUUUAUUACUGAAUAAAAACAAAAAUUGUCUUACAACAAAAAA